CGCUUGCGCGAGGCGGCGGCUGUGCACCGCCAUCUUGGCCGGUGGCGGUAAGAACACGUUGUGUGGCCGGGACGUGAAGGCUAGCGCUGAUUCGGCUACUGCACGCCCCACCGUAAGGGGACCGUUGUCUCCAGGAGAGCCGGAUAUUCUUUAUUACAAUUAUGGCAGACAAAUUAACAAGAAUAGCUAUUGUCAACCAUGACAAAUGCAAGCCAAAGAAAUGUCGGCAAGAAUGCAAAAAGAGUUGCCCUGUCGUUCGAAUGGGAAAAUUAUGUAUAGAGGUUACCCCCCAGAGCAAAAUAGCAUGGAUUUCUGAGACUCUCUGUAUUGGUUGUGGUAUUUGCAUUAAGAAAUGCCCCUUUGGCGCCUUAUCAAUUGUCAAUUUGCCAAGCAACUUGGAGAAAGAAACAACACAUCGAUAUUGUGCCAAUGCCUUCAAGCUUCACAGGUUGCCUAUCCCUCGUCCAGGUGAAGUUUUGGGAUUAGUUGGAACUAAUGGUAUUGGAAAGUCAACUGCAUUAAAAAUUUUAGCAGGAAAGCAAAAGCCAAACCUUGGAAAAUAUGAUGAUCCGCCUGAUUGGCAAGAGAUUUUGACGUAUUUCCGUGGAUCUGAAUUACAAAAUUACUUCACCAAGAUUCUAGAAGAUGACCUAAAAGCCAUAAUCAAACCUCAAUAUGUAGAUCAGAUUCCCAAGGCUGCAAAGGGCACAGUGGGAUCUAUUUUGGACCGAAAAGAUGAAACAAAGACACAGGCAAUUGUAUGUCAGCAGCUUGAUUUAACUCACCUUAAAGAACGAAAUGUUGAAGAUCUUUCAGGAGGAGAGUUGCAGAGAUUUGCUUGUGCUGUCGUUUGCAUACAAAAAGCUGAUAUUUUUAUGUUUGAUGAACCUUCCAGUUACCUCGAUGUCAAACAACGUUUAAAGGCUGCCAUUACUAUUCGAUCUCUAAUAAACCCAGAUAGGUAUAUCAUUGUGGUGGAACAUGAUCUAAGUGUAUUAGACUAUCUCUCUGACUUCAUCUGCUGUUUAUAUGGUGUACCAAGUGCUUAUGGUGUUGUCACUAUGCCUUUUAGUGUAAGAGAAGGCAUAAACAUUUUUUUGGAUGGCUAUGUUCCAACAGAAAACUUGAGGUUCAGAGAUGCAUCACUUGUUUUUAAGGUAGCUGAGACAGCAAAUGAAGAAGAAGUUAAAAAGAUGUGUAUGUAUAAAUAUCCUGAGAUGAAGAAAAAGAUGGGCGAGUUCGAGCUAGCGAUUGUAGCUGGAGAGUUUACAGAUUCUGAGAUCAUGGUGAUGCUGGGGGAAAAUGGUACAGGUAAAACCACAUUUAUCAGAAUGCUUGCUGGAAGGCUUAAACCUGACGAAGGAGGAGCAGUACCAGUUCUGAAUGUCAGUUAUAAGCCACAGAAAAUCAGUCCCAAAUCAACAGGAAGUGUUCGCCAGUUACUGCAUGAAAAGAUCAGAGAUGCUUACACUCACCCACAGUUUGUAACUGAUGUGAUGAAGCCCCUACAGAUUGAAAACAUCAUUGAUCAGGAGGUGCAGACAUUGUCUGGUGGUGAACUACAGCGAGUAGCUUUAGCUCUUUGUUUGGGCAAACCUGCUGAUGUCUAUUUAAUUGAUGAACCAUCUGCAUAUUUGGAUUCUGAGCAGCGAUUAAUGGCAGCCCGGGUCGUCAAACGUUUCAUACUCCAUGCAAAGAAGACCGCUUUUGUUGUGGAACAUGACUUCAUCAUGGCCACCUAUCUAGCAGAUCGUGUCAUCGUGUUUGAUGGUGUUCCAUCUAAGAACACAGUUGCAAACAGUCCUCAAACCCUUUUGGCUGGCAUGAACAAAUUUUUGUCUCAACUGGAAAUUACAUUCAGAAGAGAUCCCAACAACUACAGACCACGAAUAAAUAAACUCAAUUCAAUCAAGGAUGUAGAACAAAAGAAGAGUGGAAACUACUUUUUCUUGGAUGAUUAGAUUGAAUCUGAGAUUAUCAAUAAGCCAUUUACUUACUGGGAUUUUUAUCAUAUAAUCAGGUUUUAUGGCCCCACAUACUCUGGAGCUUGAAGUAUGAUUUUCUUAAUGUGACAUCAAAAGCCAGUUGUCUUGUAAAUUUUUAUUUAAGAGUUUUUCUGUUCUUAAGAUAAACCUCUGUGCAUACUUCACUAAAAUGGAGACAUUUCAAAUCCGUAAAUCACCUCAAGAUUUUCGUGACCUGUGGGGAGAUUUUCAGUGUGUAUUAUAUUCAUGUACCAGAUGCUUAACUGGUGUUGACCAUCUUUAAAAUCUUUGAUAAGGUCUGUAUCUAUCUGUUUGCUAAGUGGACCAGUAUAAUUAAAUUGCCCUAUUUAAAAGCCAGUCAAAAACUGAGCUGCUAAAGUCUGUCUAGUAAAUAAACAUCAGAAUUUUA